AAUUACGUACUAGAUAUUGUUUCGACUUUAGAGUCGUUCUAUCCGAACCUCACCCUUUAGCCAAGCUCUGUUGGGGGAGUUUCAAUGGCGUCAAGUCUCUUCACCUGUCCAUCAUUGCAUUCUUCAUCUUCUUCUUCAAUAUUUUCCACAUCCUUAAAGCCAAUUAACAUUUCUCUCCUUUUUCUUAAGAACAAAAACCCUCUUCCAAGGCGCUUCAAUGUCAUUGCUAUGGCCCCCCCUAAGCCCGGUGGCAAGGCCAAGAAAGUGGUUGGAAUUAUAAAACUGGCUCUUGAAGCUGGAAAGGCUACACCUGCUCCUCCUGUUGGACCUGCUCUUGGUUCCAAAGGUGUCAAUAUUAUGGCUUUCUGUAAGGAUUACAAUGCCAGAACCGCUGAUAAACCUGGUUAUGUUAUUCCUGUGGAAAUCACUGUCUUUGAUGAUAAAAGCUUUACUUUCAUAUUGAAGACUCCACCUGCUUCGGUUCUAUUGCUUAAGGCUGCUGGGGCGGAAAAGGGUUCAAAAGACCCCAAGGCGGAAAAAGUAGGAAAGGUUACAAUUGACCAAUUGCGUGCAAUUGCUACUGAAAAGUUGCCGGACUUGAAUUGCUCGAGUAUCGAAUCAGCUAUGAGAAUUAUAGCGGGCACUGCAGCAAAUAUGGGAAUUGAAGUUGAUCCUCCUGUUCUUGAACCCAAACAGAAGGCACCUGUGUUAUAAAGUUCCUUUUUGGCCAAGCUGGCCUACUUUUAGUACACUGCUUUGUCUUCUAAAUCGGCAGGGAAAAGAACACUUGUUUUUAGUAUUUCGUAUUAAUUGAUUUAUAUAUAUACAUGGGUUUCACUUUGUUAUGUCAUAGUAAAGUUGGCGUGUCCUUAAUAUCAGUCACAAAUUUGGUUGCACCC